AUGUCCAGUGAUGAUGGCUUAUGCGAUAUCAAGCAUCAUCAACAACAACAACAACAACAGCAACAACAACAACAACAACGACAACGUCAACAGUGUUCACAGAUGCUUCUGAAUCCGUCAAUGUCAAUGUCAUCAGCUGUUCAGGAAACGAGUAAUCUUGCUACAACAUACAAUAAUCAAUUAGCAGUAGCAACUGCACCAGGAUUUAAUUUUGCUUAUAAUACAAACCAAUCCAUGCAAUAUAUUCCGAGUGCUGAUAUGCUGUAUAUGACAAGUUAUCAGUCAUUGUGA